AUGGAUUAUGCCAGGCUGAGUCGCAAACAUGGUUUUAAAAUUUCUCCGAUGACACCGUGCUCGGUGGAGGAGUGCAGCCUGGCUGUGGGGGCAUUAGUGGGGCACGGCAGCAUCAGAUCUGCGGCUCGGAUGAACGGCGGGGUGGUGAUAUUUGUGGACACGGAAGGGAAAGCGAACAAAGUGGUGGAGACCGGGAUCGUUGUGAAUGAAACUUUCAUUUCCGUGUCUCCACUAACCACCCCUGCUACAAGGGUUAUGAUUUCGAAUAUCCCGCCGUUCAUACGGGAUGACUUCCUGGUGAGAGAGCUGUCUAAAUACGGCAAGAUAGUGUCCUCCAUUAGGAAGCUGUCCUCGGGCUGCAGAUCUCCACUACUAAAGCACGUUGUGUCUCACAGGAGAAGUGUCCUCAUGAUCCUCAAUAAGAGAGACGAGGAACUUAAUCUGCAGGAGGAGGAGGAAAAAAAUAAAAAACAGGAAACAAAUCCAAAAGAGACUCCUGCUGAAACAGCAGCAGCAGGAAACCCCACUGAGGGGCCCCCGAGGCAGGGUGAGAGUCCCUCAAAGCAAGAUGAGAGUCCCUCAAAGCAAGCUGAGAGUCCCCCAAAGUCCCCAACGAAGAUUGAGGGUCCCUCAAAGACUCCAAAGAAGGCUGAGGGUCCCCCAAAGCCUCCAAAGAAGGCUGAGGGUCCCCCAAAGCCGCCAACAAAGGUUGAGGGUCCCCCAAAGCCCCCAACGAAGGCUGAGGGUUCAGAGCUCCCUGAGCAGGACAAGGAAAACUCUGGGGAAAAAAAGAGUAAUGAGAAAAAGAAUGAAAAAAGUGACCUUUUGGUUGAUGUGGGGAAAAAGGUUGUCCUGAAAGAAGCAGUGGAGACGGUGGAACUCUCUGCAUCCGCUGCAAGCGAAGAGAACAUUGAAGCUCAAGCUUGUACAAAUAAAAGAAAACAAAAAGAGAAAGUCUCUCAGGCCAAGAGGGUGGCAGUGAGUGAGGAGGGAGAGAGAGAGGAGGAAAUGGUGGAGGAGGUGAAGGAGGCAGAGGAGGAAGAAAGUGAGGAAGAAUUGAUGGAGGAGGAUGGAGAAGAUGAAGAUGAGGAGGAAGGGGACUCUGCUGAGGACAGCCAGCCUCUCACCGUCUCACAAAUUAAAAGUCCGUUUUUUAAAGUGCAGCAAAUCAAAGCUUUUCUUAAAGAAACAAAAAACAAAAGAGGAGUAAAAAUAGAAGAGUUUUUUACUGACAAAAGCUUGUUUUUACAGUCAGUGAAAGCUCAGAUGCAUCUUUUUACUGAGCAGGAGUCUUAUCGCUUGAAGGUCCUGAAAGGGAAGUUACAGCGAGAGAUUUUAAAUGAAGAAGAAAAGGUCAUGCACGGCAGUUAGGAUGCUGGUUUUAACAUACUUGUUGUUCUUAAGUGGUGUGUCUCUCCUCACAUCCUUUUUAAUGAGUGAUUUUAAAGUGUGCACUUUAAAUGUCAAUGGAGCUAGGGAUGUGGGGAAGAGGGCUUGCAUUUAUGAGCUUUUAAAAUUAAAAAAAGUAAAUGUAGCAAUGCUACAGGAAACGCACAGCGACACUUUAAACGGGACGGACUGGAGGAGGGAGUGGGAUGGGGAGGUGGUUUUAAGUGCUCUUAGCAGCACCAGUGCAGGAGUGGCAGUGCUGUUUGCUAAAGGUUUUAUCCCCAAGUCCCACAAAGUGGAAGAAAGAAUAAAGGGCAGACUGCUGGUGGUGAGAGCCAAGUAUGAGCUUUUUAAUCUGGUUUUUAUCAACGUAUACGCUCCUAAUUCAGGUCCUGCAAGAGUUCAGUUUUUAAACGAGCUCAGCGCUGUUUUAAGUGAGUGUGAACCAGAAGAGUUUUUAUUUUUAGGGGGAGAUUUUAACUGCACACAGGAUGACGAGCUAGAUAGGAACCAUAGGGAACCUCAUGCCGCAUCCAAAAGAGCCAUGACACAGUUAAUAGCAACACAUAGUCUAU